UCAACUCAACAUUUGUCUUUAAAACCUUUGCAUUUCGAUAUCAAUCGUUUCUACAGGCUUACAGUUGGCCGAAUAUCAAAACCAUAUGAUCGAAAUCACAAAAUAGUGCCAUGGCAUAAACUAAACCUACCGACCACUUGUUGUUGUCGGAAUUGGACUCUUGAUGCUAUCAUUAAAUUUAAUCAUUAAAACAAGUGCAAAAGCUCUGGUGUUGGACAUUAUACUGAUGCUGGAGAAAUAUCGAAUUAAAUCUUAGCAUUGUAUCAAACGCAGCGAGUCAUGCAAUUUGGUGCUGUCAAAACGUCUGAAACAAAACGAAAACGUCGCAAAAAAUUAAAUUGCUAAUAAUAAAUAUACAAGUUUCAAUUAAUUUCAACAUCAAAUAAUAACCGAAGACAACGUGAAGAAUCUCUGCGAUAAGCCAAUAAAAUCUAGUCAAGUGGAUUGUGAAUUAUUACGGAUCACAAGGUUUAAUCAUCAUGACGGGUCAGAGCAAGCUAGUGACUGUCACUUGCCAGCAGUUCCAGCACCCUUGGACAGAUAAAUGCGUGAAUGCCACCGCUGGCAUAUUAUUAUCAUCCACUCCAUAUUGCCUUCGUGUCUACACUGUGGUCUACGCCUUGUCGCUGCUAAUGCGUCAUCGCAUCCCCACUCUGGAGGAUCUAAGGCGUGCUAUUCUGGGCAUUGUGCAAUCUUCUGCCUUUCUGGUUACAAAUGCGUACACUUUUAUUCUGUACAACUGUCUGCUGAGGAAUAUGUUAGGACGUUAUCAUUGCUCUACUGUGGCCUUUGUGCCUUGCUUUUUGGCCUCCUUCACAGCCAUAUUGGUAGAGCGUCCUGCUCGCCGACCAUUGUUGACCCUGUAUGUGGCAAAUGUGGCUACUGAAACCCUAUGGAAUAUGGCCGAAUCACGUGGCUUGGUGCGUUCAAUGCCACAUGGGCAGACACUCAUUUUUGGACUGAGCAUGUCGGUGCUGCUUUAUCUGCACCGACUGGGUGCACCCGACGAUUCCAUAUUCAAAAUAUUACGCAUAUUUGUGGGCAAAGAGGAGGCCGGUCCGGUGCAAAAUAUCGCAUCCACAAUACCAGGUGAACAGCCGGCUCCUUCGCGUCAUCGGCCAACUGUCAGCUUCUCCACAGUGUCAGACUUUGUGCGUGUCUACAGUAAUCUCAUACGGGCCAAACAUUCGAGUUGCCGGCAUAAGCAAAGUUGUAUUGGUAAUGCCAUUCUUGGCGGCUUGCGCCCAUUCGUUGGCGGAGUGGCUUUGCAGGUAGCCUUGAAGAUGCUGAUCAAUUUGAAAAAAAUAGCCAAUGGCAAAAUUUCAUGGCGCAAACAGCUCUUCAAUCGCAGCACUUUGCAAUUGGGCAUCUUUAUGGGUAGUUUCUCUGCUUUGUACAAGUCCGUGUCGUGUCUCUUGCGUCAUAGCUAUAAUCGAGAUGAUGCUCGAUUUGCCAUACCAGCUGGCCUGGUCGCCUCCCUGGCCUUUACUCAGUAUCCAGAUAAUAGUGUGGCUCUUUACGUUAUGUGGAAGGCUUUGCAGAUUUUAUAUGGCAUUGGCCAGGAUAAAGGUAUCUUACCACGAAUACCGAACGCUAUGCUUUUCCUAUACUCAUUCUUUACCGCCGUGCUCUUCCAUGCUGGCAUCUUGGAGCCCAACACUUUACGUCCAAGUUAUUACAGUUUUCUGCAAGCCAUUUCCGGCGAAAGACUCAGCAAGUUCAACUUGAGCCCCUUUGAUGUCUUCGGUCUAAAUAGCCAACAGCAAGCAUUGGACACCCUUAGAAAACUAAAUAUUGUGGACAAGUCGACACUGCCGGCUUUCUCAUUUGCUUCCUGAUCUGCAACUACAUGCAGACGAUACAAACAAUGUACAGCAUAUCUCUUUACUUAAUUAGAGUGUGUAUAUAUACUUUUUGAAGUCUCUCUUUAUCUUGCUCUUUGUCAUACACUGCAUUUAUGUAUGUAUAUUCUUAAAUGUGUCUGUAUGACUGCGUGUGUGUGUGUGUGUGUGUGCUGAGCGUUUAACGACUCAACACUAAUCAUCGGCUUAGUACUCUGAAAUUGGGUGCAUUGUGAAUUAUUUGACUGUUUACUUACGUAUAAUUUUUUUUAUUAAAUAAAACCGGAGCAAUGGUAUUUCAGACAA